CCGUUCACAACAACCACGCCACGACUCCAGAUUCCCUCACUUUCCCCACACUCAUCUAUCAAUUCAACCCACACCCGAUCGAACCGCAGAAAUGGGCGCCUUCUACGAAACCAUCCCCGAAAACAUCUACGCAUGGAUCCUCCAACAAAAAAUGCUCUGGGUCGCAACCGCCCCGCUCUCGAAAUCCGGCCACAUCAACGUCUCGCCCAAAGGCGGGGAAUAUUUUGGACUCAUUGAUCAUAAGACUUUUUGGUAUAUGGAUUUAUCUGGAUCGGGCUGUGAGACUAUAGCGCAUUUGAGGGAGAAUGGGAGGAUUACGGUUAUGUUUCAGGCUUUUGAGGGGAGUCCGAGGAUUGUGAGGUUGUGGGGGAGAGGUCGUAUUCUGGAACGCGAAUCUCCGGCUUUCAACGAUUUUAUUCAGAAGAACUCCGUCGAGAUUAUCCCUGCGACGAGGUCGAUUAUUAUUGUUGAUGUUCAUCAAGUUGGAAGUUCGUGUGGGUAUAGUGUUCCGAUGUAUGAGUUUAAGAGUUUUCGGCAGACUCUUAAUCAGGUUUUUGAGAAGAGGAAGGAGAAGUUUGAUGCUGGGAAGGAGGAUGAGUCGAUGGAUCAUUAUUGGACAUAUAAGUCUCAAUGGUCGAUUGACGGGCUUCCUGGGAUGCAAAGAGGACUUGAUGCUUCGGCGAAGUAUGGCGUGGAGCCGCUCGUGAAGAUGACUGGACCUUAUGCACCAGCAGCACCCUUUGGCCCAAAGUCCUUCAAGCUCGGCCAUUAUUUGAAUUAUCAGAUUGCAAAGGCCAAGACGACUCAAGUACCGCUUCUGGAUGUACUUAUUCUGCUUUUCGUUGCUCUGAUCGCUGGCUUCGCAAUUGCUACGUAUGCGCCGGAACUCACGCAGACAUAUCGAGCGAAUAUUGCGAAGCUCUUGAAGGUUUGAAUCUACCGAGAAAUGCUUCACGAUUUUACGAUUUUUUUCAGCACAGCGA